UAUAUAAGCAAAAGCAGUUGUAGGGUGAGUUUAGGGGGGGAUUUUGCAAUGGGUUGUUCGAAUGUUGAAAAACCAGUGUUUGUCGAUACAAACCUCGGUACCCACCUUGCUGUUCCUAUUUCCCCUGACAUCACCGCCAAGGAGUUUAUGGUGGAGCUUGAAUUGGCUCAUCUGAAUUGUUUCCCAGAAUUUGGAAGCAUUAGUGUUACUGCAGUGAUGGUGAAACAAAAAUCGCGUCUUUACCACCUAUCCGAGUCUUUGCCUCUUAAGUACGCUUUUACGAGCUCAAAGAGUAGUUGUUGGUUUCUUCAGAGUCAUGCUCAUUCUAAUCCAUUAAUAAACGGAAACCACAAAAAUCCCACUCAAGUCGACAACCUUAAUUCUGCUGACCAAGAUGUUGUUACAGAUUCAGUUGUCAAAAAGGAAAAAAUCAAGAAAACUGGAUCCCCGGUACAACAGCAGCAGCCGCCUCUUAUUGAAAAGGAAAGGCUAUCGACAAUUAGAGAUGAAGAAGCUGAAGUAAAUUUGAGCAAUGACUUGGAGAAGAAUGAUGUGAUUGCAGAGGCUCCUAUCGAAAAAACAUUCUCAGAAUCAGAAUCAAUAUCGGUUUCAGGGAUUAUCAAUAAGUACUUUUCAGAUUACGAUGAAGUUGCCUCUAGUCCACAAGUUUUCCCUUUUUGCACAGUUUGGAGUAGACAUAAUAAAGAAAAACUUAAGAGUGACGCUUUUGAGUCCAAAGACUCAAAGCCCCGAGUUGGGAAGCGUGUUUUGUCGGGUUUGGAUCGUCGUACUCGUCGGCUUAUUCCCAGUAAUCAAGGAUCUGCACUUUCUCUCUCUAGGUGUACUAGUAAUGUAAAAUCUCCGAUUUGGGACGUGCCUGAUGAUGAAUUGUAGUAAUGUUUCAGACAAUGGAAUUCAAGACAGAGGAGGGAGGGACCCCUCUCAACAUUUUCAAUGAUGUGAUAUUUUGAAGGUUUUUGUGAAGUUCUUGUUCAUAUUUAAAUGGAGCCCCCUAUUAUUUUUGUAUUUUUCAAACAAAUCUCUAUCUUUCUGUGCAUAGAACGAUGCAGUUUUGGGGUCCCUUUUUGUUAUUAUUAGGGUUUAACAAUGAGUUCAAUGAAGUUUCAUGGUGGUACAUCUUCCUUUUUUA